GUGCAGCUGUUGCUCCCCGCUCUUUCGGUCACACACACACACACACACACAAACUCACUGCGUUGUAGCCCACUGCCAACCCAGCCUCAGCUCGCUUUCUUCUACUAUAUAUACCACCCCGCUAUUUCGGCGUCCGCGCGGCUCUUCAGCCUAAAGGGUAGUUGCACCGGUCCCAAUCAUCACCGCACGAUGCAGUCGCAGAGCAACGCGGGCGUGGAGAGUCUGAUGGGCGAACCUCUUAAGGCGCCGGAACGCAAGGAGGUGGCAGCUGCUGGGCCUACAGACGAAGGACACAUUUUUGUCAUCCCCUCUGCAGCGCCCGCUUCUCAGAGGUGCGGGAGGGCGCUUGGAAUCUGUGGGUGGAUCUCAAUCUUCGCGAACGCGAUCAACGUGGUGCUGAUGGUCGUCGCGUGCUACGAGCUGCACGCCUACCUCAUCGCACACCACCCGGACGAUGACGCGUACGCCCUAGCUGGUGUGGCGUAUUUGAUUGACGUCCCGUCUCUGCUGGUCAGUGGUUUGAUGGUGCUCUUCGUCGGUUACGUUCUGUAUCACGAGUACUACGCCGCUUCUGCUUCCUUUGACCAAGUGGAGAGAGCCAUUGUGCGGCUAAAUCGUCCGCGGUACGCGUGCUACGCCGCGAUCUGCGCGGUACUCUUUCUUAUCUCGUGCUGGCCCAGUGGCUUUGGACUCGUUGUGUUCAUGUCGCAGCCUCGAGCGACGUCGGAAUUUACGCUCUCCGAGGUCAACUUCGAGGCUGCCGUGUGGGUCGCGGUGUCGCUGACGUUUGCCGUCUUUGCGGCUAUCCUGUGCGUCCAGAAAUGGCCGUCCAGACACGCUUUGGAUUUAGAGCAGGCGUAA